UUGAUGAAUCUGAACUUCUCACUGUGCCAGAUGGAUGGAAAGAGCCAGCCUUUACAAGAGAGGAUAAUCCCAAAGGGCUGCUGGAAGAAAGCAGUUUUGCGACGUUGUUCCCGAAAUACAGAGAAGCAUACUUGAAAGAGUGCUGGCCACUCGUCCAGAAAGCCUUGGGUGAACAUUAUGUGAAUGCGGCGCUGGAUCUGAUUGAAGGCAGCAUGACUGUCACUACCACUAAGAAGACUUUUGAUCCAUAUGCAAUCAUCAGGGCUAGAGAUUUAAUAAAACUUCUGGCAAGAAGCGUUCCCUUUGAGCAGGCGGUUCGUAUCCUUCAGGACGACGUUGCAUGUGACAUUAUUAAGAUAGGCUCUCUGGUGAGGAAGAGAGAGACUUUCAUCAAGAGAAGAGCACGUCUUCUUGGGCCAAAAGGAUCCACUUUAAAGGCCCUGGAACUGUUAACAAACUGUUACAUAAUGGUGCAAGGCAACACAGUUUCUGCUCUUGGACCCUUCAGUGGGCUAAAAGAGGUGAGAAAAGUUGUUCUGGACACAAUGAAGAAUAUACAUCCCAUAUAUAAUAUCAAGACUUUGAUGAUCAAAAGGGAAUUAGCAAAAGAUCCUGAACUGAGGACACAAAGUUGGGAAAGAUUUUUGCCUAAGUUCAAGCGGAAGAACUUGAAAAAACGCAAGGAGCCCAAGAAGAAAAAUACUAAGAAGGAGUACACACCAUUCCCACCUCCACAGCCAGAAAGUCAGAUUGAUAAAGAAUUGGCAAGUGGUGAAUACUUCUUGAAAGAAAGACAGAAGAAGCGAAAGCAAAUGGAAGAGAGAAAGGCAAAGCAAGCAGAUGCAGUCAAGAGAAGACAAGAAGAAAGAAAUAAAGCUUUUAUCCCACCAAAGGAAAAGCCAGUUGUGAAAACAAACAAAGCUGCCACUGAGAAAAAAAUUGAUAUAGAAGCCAUCAAGGAAAAGGUAAAGAAUGCAAAGAAGAAGAAAUUAGGAGCACUUCCUGCAGAAGAAGUCAAGUUAAAAAUGGCUGCAGAUGAAAAGACAAAAAAGAAAAAAAAGUAAUUCAACACCCAAGGUGCUCACUUUUCUCCCCUGAUAAUGAACAUUUUCACACUUGGAAGAUUGAAGACUUCUUACUGUCAGUUGAAUCUGGACCACAAAAGUCUGGGUAGAAAGAUCAUUCUCUUUUCCUAAGUACAGUUUAAUUAGUGGACCUAUAGCAGUUGUGAAGACUUGCCAAGGUUAGUGA